CACCACGCCCACCACAGGCCCCGCCCCGCGGCAUGACCGGAAGUGCGCGGGGCCCCCAAGAUGGCGCCCGAAACCCGGAAGUGAGCGCGACCGCGGCGAAGCUCGGAGAAACGGAGGCGCCGCGGGCUCCGCGCCCGGCCGGACCCGGGUCCGAGGUCGUGAUGCCGCCGCCGCGGAGCAAGAAGCCCAGAUAGAUGCCCCUGCGGCCCGGGUCGCGGAGCCGCCCGAUGCUGGCAGCGCGGCCCGCUAUGGACGGGGAGUUCCCUCAGCACGAGCCCCCACCAGCCGGCAGUGUCCUUUACCAGCCCGCGCCCCUGCAGGCCCCGCUGUGCGGGUCUGGCGUCCAGAACGCCAUGCUGCACUGCUCGUGGUGGAGCCCCUUCUCGCCUGCGGCAUAUCCAGCCUUCUCCAGUGAAAGCCACCAGUUCAUGAACUCCUCCUCCUUCAUCGUGGGCCAGCCCUGCGCAGACACCAGCUAUGGCCCUGCCGCCGCCAGCCCCAGCUUCCCUCCAAAGAGCAGCGACUUUCCUCAGGACACCUCGUACCUCGAUGACCUCUCCAAUGCCUCCAUCUUCUCCUCGUCCGUGGACUCCCUCUCGGACAUCGCAGACACACCUGACUUCCUGCCCGCUGACAGCCUCAACCAGGUGCCCACCAUCUGGGACGUGAGCACUGGCCCCUCCACCCAUGACAAGCUGUUUCUGCCCAGUGGGCCUUUUACAGGCCUUGAGGACCCUGUGUCCUCCCUCCCCAGCACGCCACUUCUUGUCAGCUAUCAGUCUCAGAGUCAGCCUGAGGAGGAGGACGAGGCCGAGGAGGAUGAGGCAGAGGAGCUGGGCCACGCAGAGACCUACGCCGACUACGUGCCGUCCAAGUGUGAGUGUCCUGCGGGAGGAAAGCCCCAGCAGGCGACUUCUGGACAGCACAGCCUCAGGCAGCCUGCGUUGUCCGGCCAGGGGUGCCGGGUUCCUGGGGCCCCUGAAGGUUCCCUGCCAGGGUACCUUAAACCGCAAAGACAGGUGUGGGAACUGCGGUGGUUCUGUGACCGGGGUUGUCAUCCUUGCUUCCCACAAAUCCGGAGACAGGCGGAGGCUGUAGCCGAGAGGCAGGCCGCCUUCCCGCGCCUCCUACGCGGGAGGGUUUUGUGGGUCCACCGCGUUCAUGCAGACCGCUCCCGCAGCCGGGCACCUGACAAGGGGCCUGCAGGGGACCUUCGGGCUCUAUCCCUCUGGGAUCCGCCCUCGUUCCCACAGUGGAGCCCGGCCAGCCUGGUCAUACUGAUGGAUGAGGAGGGGCCCCUGCGAGUCCUUGGUCUGUUCAAAGCUCCCACAAGCCAGAAGCAGCAGCAAAGUCACAGUGCGUCUGGGUGCCAGGCGACACCCCUGCAGCCCCAGCCAGAAAAGCAGCAGCAUGAACCUGAGGCACAGGGCUGCCCACUGGCCCCCAGCCAACCUUAG